UGCGAGAGCGGCUUUAUCAAUGUCGACGAGUCGGGCAGGUCGUUGUCGCGGUCGGUUAAGCACGUCGAAUUCGGUCGAGUUACGUCGACGAAGGCGACAGGUCAGAAACGAAGCAUUUUAGCGAAAAGUCGUUUCCGCUACCCUUUUACAGCACACGCAAAAUUUCCAGUCAUGAACAUCUGGCGAAAGCUGACGAGAAUGUUGGGUUUUGUAAGGCGGACGCCACGUCGGCGAAAAGCACGCGUGCUAUUCAUCGGACUGAACAAUGCUGGCAAGAGCACACUGCUGAACCGCCUGAAACCGGACCGCGAACAACUGUCCAGGAAACUGAUCUCGCCUACCGUCGGCUUCACUACCGAUACGUUCGUAUACAACAACGUCAAAUUCACCGCCAGCGACAUGUCCGGCCGCGACGGGUACCGUAGCAUGUGGGAGUCGAUGUACGCGCACUGCGACGCCAUCGUGUUCGUGGUGGACAGCACGGACCAGAUGCGGUUCGCCGUGGUCAAGGACGAGCUGGACAUGAUGCUCCGCCACCCGGACGUGGCCGACCGGCCGGACCUGCCCAUACUGUUCGUGGCCAACAAGACGGCCGCGCCGGACGCGUGCGGUGCGUCCGCCCUGGCCGGCGCGCUCAGGCUGCACGAGCACGUGGAACAGGACCGCCCGUGGCGGCUGGCCAGUACAGACGCGGUGGCCGCGCCGGGACAACCGGCUGACGACGGGCUGGGCGACGCCAUGGAGUGGCUGGCGGAAUUGGUCAAGUACGCCCGGCGGCGAUAACGUGUCCGGUCCGCCGCCAAAUUCGUUUGUCAUUUUCACAACGACCGAACAAAAUCUUACGGUUUAUCUGUGUAAUUUUUUUUUUUUUUUGGCCGUCAUCAUUUCACCGUGAUGUGUAUAAGUAUUUCGUUACUAUUAUUAUUAUUAUUGUCAUCCGCCCUGUACACAAAUUCGAAAACGAUAUUUGUCCGAUUUUCACAUUUUAGUAAUAGGUAUACCUAUUGCUAAGCAACUACAGCACACGAAAAGCACGGAAGGCUUUGCUCUUUUUAUAUUCAAAUAAACGGGCUCAUAGAUGUUAUUUCUUUUUUUAACCUGUUCCUAUGUGACUACGUAACCUAUUUAAAGUUUGAAACGUGUAGUUUAAUCACGAGAUGAUCCUUUUAUCGCGUAACACACGAUUGUCACACAUUACGUCUGAUUAUUGUUCUAUUCACGUUCAUAUUGACAAUAUUUUUUUCAUAUCAUUUUAAUUCGUUAAAAAAUGACGUUUUUGGAAAAUAAUUAUAUUAUCUAC